AUGGUGUCGGCAUCAAAAGCAGCCCGUCAGGCCAAACGUGCCGCAGAAGGAAAGGAUGAGAAGAAGAAAUCAGCCACAUCGAGACUUUCGUCCAAGGUCAACUCAAAGAAUCCCUCGCAAGCAUCGUCGGUGAAUGGGGACGAAGAAUACUUCCCGGAAGAGUCAGCAACAAGUGCGUCCAAAAUGGACGAUGUCAAGAAGUUGACCUCCCAAGUGGAUAAGUUUGGCCUUUCGGAUCGAGUGACGACUGGCGUCCUUGCUUCUCUUCCCGCUAGCCGAGAUGUUAAGAUCAACUCCGUCUCCCUCGUGUUCCACGGCCGAGUUCUGAUUACCGACACCACCCUUGAACUUAACUACGGUCGACGGUACGGUCUGUUGGGUGAAAACGGUUGCGGAAAAUCCACAUUGAUGAAGGCAAUUGACAAGCGAGAGUACCCAAUUCCCGAGCACAUCGACAUCUAUCUCCUGAAUGAGGGUGCCCCACCAAGCGACUUGGGGGCCCUUGAGUGGGUUGUUAAGGAGGCAGAGAACGAGAUGGCGAGAUUGGAUAAAUUAGCGGAAGAAAUCUUGGAAAAAGAGGGACCUGAGAGCCCUAUCCUUGAGGAUCUGUACGAGCGCAUGGAAAACAUGGACCCUUCAACUUUCCACACAAGAGCAGCGCUCAUUUUAACUGGUCUGGGUUUCAAUAAAAGUACCAUCCAGAAAAAGACAAAGGAUAUGUCCGGAGGAUGGAGAAUGCGUGUAGCUUUGGGCAAGGCUCUCUUCGUCAAACCCUCUCUACUUCUCCUGGACGAUCCCACAGCCCAUCUUGACCUCGAAGCUUGCGUGUGGUUGGAGGAGUACCUGAAGAAAUGGGACCGCACACUCGUCCUCGUUUCUCACAGUAUGGAUUUCUUGAACGGAGUUUGCACGAACAUGAUUGACAUGCGUCAAAACAAGUUGAUAUACUAUGGUGGUAACUAUGACGUUUACCACAAAGUCCGCUCCGACCAGGAAGUCAACCAGAUGAAGGCCUAUCACAAGCAACAAGAAGAAAUCGCCCACAUCAAGAAAUUCAUCGCCUCUGCUGGUACAUAUGCAAAUCUUGUUCGACAAGCCAAAUCCCGCCAGAAGAUCCUCGACAAGAUGGAGGCAGAUGGCUUCAUCCAACCUGUCGUCCCCGAUAAAAUCUUCACUUUCCGCUUUGGAGACGUCGAAAAACUCCCACCCCCUGUUCUUUCUUUCGAUGACGUUACAUUCUCCUACAGCGGAAAGCAAGAGGACAACCUCUACGAGCAUCUAGACUUUGGUGUGGAUAUGGACUCCCGAACCGCCCUCGUCGGACCAAACGGUGUUGGCAAAUCCACUCUCCUCCGCAUCAUGACUGGCAAACUUAACCCCACAGGCGGCAGAGUCUCACGGCAUACCCACUUAAAGCUCGGAAUGUACAGCCAGCACUCCGCAGAGCAACUCGAUCUGACAAAGUCCGCUCUUGAAUUCGUACGCGACAAGUAUCCAGAGAAAAGUCAGGAUUAUCAAUACUGGCGCCAGCAACUGGGCCGGUACGGAUUGACUGGUGAGGCGCAAACCGCCCUCAUGGGAACUUUGUCCGAAGGCCAGAAGAGCAGAAUUGUCUUCGCAUUGCUGGCAAUUGAGGGACCUAACAUGCUGCUUCUGGACGAACCGACUAACGGUCUGGACAUUCCUACAAUUGACAGCUUGGCUGAUGCCAUCAAUGCAUUCAGCGGUGGUGUUGUGGUCGUUUCUCACGAUUUCAGACUCCUUGACAAAAUCGCUAAGGACAUCAUGGUCUGUGAAAACAAGACCGUCCGCCGAUGGGAUGGCUCUAUCGGAGAGUACAAGGCCCAUCUACGAAAAAAGAUGCUGUCUGCCGGACAAGUCUAG